AUGGAAGAUUGGUUAACUAUAACGUGCAUAAUAAUUUGUAUAUUAUGUUUUCAAAAUAUUUACGUACAAGUGAAACGACAAGGUUCAGUGCUUGUAAUAUACAGCGUAACAAAUUCGUUGUUAAGUUUGUCUUUUGUAUUGGCUGGAAUAUUCCUACCAACAAAAUUUAAAAUAGAAGAUGCAACCAAAUCAGAAUAUACGUGGUGCGGAAUAAGCGGUAUAUUAUUUUCCAUCAGUUCAGUGGCAAAUUAUGGGAUGGCAUUGGCUCUGUCCGUUGAACUUUACGUAUCAUUACGAGUCACCAAUCCAGCCGCACGUAAAGAACCGUUGAUACAAAGGUUAAAUUUUGUACUGGCAUAUAUAUUACCAUUACUGUCUAUAAUACUAAGUAUUAUAGUGUUGUUGGCGUAUGAUGAUAACGUAUUCGAGACAAUUGAUGCGGGUGGAAUAUGUGAAGUGUCAAGACAUGGUAAAAAUUUACUUGCAUUAUUUUUCUUAAGGACAUUGACCGAAUACCUAGCAAUCUUUCCAUCGUGUGUAUUGUCGGUAUUAUCAUUAAUACCGGUGGCCAAGGUUGUGUUUAAAAAUCGUAAAUUGCAAUUUAGUAUGACUGGACCAUGUUCGAUAUCCAAAGAAUCAACAAAACCAAACACCACCAUUACCACAAGAGCAGGUCCACCACCAAAUUCAUCAACAUCAGCAAAUCACAAAUAUCUUCUACCGCGUAAUGUUCUUAUACGGAUGGGAUUAUGGUGCAGUUUAUUGAUUCUGUUGGGAAUACCGACAUCGGUGAUUGUGCUAUACCGAAACAUAAAAAACCUAACAGAUCCGACCAACACCGAUUUAUCAUUUUAUCUUUCGCCUGGUCAAACUGAUUUCUUGGCAAUUUAUGGAUUCACCUUGCACAUGGUAUUAUCAAAUGGAUUGUUCUUAUUAUGUUUUGGUACCGGAAAAUUUGCUAAUGAACAAUAUCGAAUUCUUUGGACUACAAUAUUACAAAAAAUAUUUUUUUGUUGUCGACCAAAAUCACGUAUUCCAAGUUCACAGAUUGAAUUUGAUAUGAUCGAUCACACAGCAAGACAUUCGAUCAUCUCAUUACCUGAAGUAGCCGCAGCUUAUGGAGCUAAUACAACAUCGUCAGGAUCCAUAAUAAUAAACACGAUUGCUAGGACAAUGACAGUCAACUCAAAUUCUUCAUCACUUCGUAUAAAAGGAGGAGGAGGAGGUGUUGAUUCUGGGAGAGAAUACAAUAACAAUACGAUUAAUAAUAAUGAUUGUCUUAAUGCUGUUAGUAGCAUUGAUCUUUGUGUUAGUGACAAUUCACAAUGUGAAAAGGUUGAUAACACAAAUGAUGAUGGAGAUGGCACAGAAAAUAGAACGACAAGAAUCGUAAUAAUCGUAAUAGUUUUAAUAGUUUUAUUUUUUGUAGGUUUAGGACUUUGUAUAUAUUUGAGCGUGACAAGAAUUAAAAAACGUGAUAAUGAUAAAAGAACAAACGUCGUCAAUAACAGAGAUUUUGAUAAUGAUAAAAUUCGUCCACAAACUUCCGCCGAGAAAGACGUUCCUCUUACCGAUAUUGAGUACCCAGAAAAAUGCGAGAGUAAAAAAAUUGUGAUUGGAUCUGCCGUGAAAAAUUACCUAAACAAAAAGAAAAAUAUUUUAAAGGAAUAUGAAUUUGAUCAUGUUUUCAAACCUGAUAGCACCCAAGGACAAGUAUACACUGAGGUCGCUGCUGACAUCAUCCAAUCAGUGGUUGAUGGGUACAAUUGUUGCAUUUUUGCUUAUGGUCAAACAGGUGCAGGGAAAACUUACACAAUGCAAGGUUCUGAUGAUACUCCGGAAAGUGAAGGUAUGAUCACAAGAGCAUUCAAACACAUCUUUGAUCUUGUCAACGAAUUGGAGUUUCAGGGGUGGAGUUAUACAAUCGAAGGUCAAUUCAUCGAAAUAUAUAAUGAUCGAAUCUAUGAUUUGCUUAUCUCACAUGGAGAAGUAAAAGAUGUGAAGAUAACACAUAACAUUGGAGAAGGUUCAACAAGGAUCACUAAUGUGAAAACAGAUUAUGUUAAUCAAGUGCUUAGAUCUGCAACAAAGAACCGAAUUGUUGCUUCUACAAAAAUGAAUGAUAAUUCCUCAAGAAGUCACAGCAUAUUUAUGAUUCAUAUCAAAGGUUCUAAUUCUGUUACAAAUGAGAAACGAUUGGGUUCCUUGAACCUUAUUGACCUGGCAGGUUCAGAGAAAAUAUCAGCUUACGAAUCAACUGGAGAUCUUCAAGUUGAAACGAUAAAUAUUAACAAGAGUCUCAGCAGUCUAAAAACAGUUAUACAAAACAUAAAGGAAAAUGCGAGUCAUAUCAAUUACCGUGACUCCACCUUGACCUAUGUUUUGAAGAAUUCAUUAGUUAAUAUUUCCCCGGUAAGAUCAUCUCAAGUGGAUACUGAAAACAGUUUAGAAUUUGGGCGUAUUGCAAAAGCAGCUCACAUCAGCAUUGCAAAAAAAGGUUAA